UCAGACGCAUCAGAGGUCCGCUAUGAUCCUCACGCAGCCCACAGCCUUAACACACAGUCAUUACGCUCCAGUAACUUGGCAUCAAGCUUUGGGUUGAAACGUGAACCAGAAGAGUGGAGGCGGACAACGGGAAACUGAUCUGGGGCUGUGGGCUGGCCGGGACAGCCGACCACACUGCAGCCGGCUUCCGGGGACUGAGGGGCCGCAGCGGCUGAAGACACACGGCGGUAGCACCAGGGAAUAGGGCGAAGACACCCAUCAUCACCGCCUCCGCUGAUAGUCCUUUCGGACGCUUUCAAAAUGUCAAGAAAGCUGCAAAGGACUGAAAUCUGCGCCGACUGCAGUGCGCCAGAUCCCGGCUGGACCAGCAUAAACCGCGGCGUGCUGAUCUGUGAUGAGUGCUGCUCGGUGCACCGCAGUUUGGGUCGGCACAUUUCCAUUGUGAAGCACCUGAGGCACAGCGGAUGGCCCCCCACGCUGUUGCAGAUGGUCCAGACAUUGGCCUGUAAUGGAGCUAACUCCAUUUGGGAGCACAGUCUCCUGGACCCUGCUCAGGUCCAGAGCGGUCGCAGGAAACCCAACCCCCAGGACAAAGUCCACCCCACGAAGUCCGAGUUCAUCCGAGCCAAAUACCAGAUGUUGGCGUUUGUGCACAAGCUCCCCUGCCGCGACGACGACGGUGUCACCACCAAAGACCUCAGUAAACAACUUCACUCCAGUGUGCGAACAGGCAGUUUGGAAACGUGUCUCCGGCUACUAUCCCUCGGUGCCCAGGCCAACUUCUUUCAUCCGGAAAAAGGCACCACCCCCCUCCAUGUGGCAGCUAAAGCAGGCCAAAUCCUACAGGCGGAGCUGCUCGUGGUGUAUGGAGCAGACCCAGGGGCACCGGAUAUCAAUGGACGCACACCUAUGGACUAUGCUAGGCAGGCGGGUAAUAUAGACUUGGCAGAGCGGUUGGUGGAGUGCCAGUAUGAGCUGACGGACAGGUUAGCUUUUUACCUCUGCGGCCGGCGUCCAGAUCACAAAAAUGGACAUUAUAUCAUUCCCCAAAUGGCAGACAGAGCUCGUCCCAAGUGUCCCACACAGAGCCUGGACCUCUCAGAACUGGCCAAGGCUGCCAAAAAGAAGCUACAGGCGCUUAACAACCGUCUUUUUGAGGAGUUGGCCAUGGACGUGUAUGACGAGGUGGACCGCAGAGAAAAUGAUGCAGUUUGGCUCACCACCCAAAACCACAGCACUUUGGUAACAGAACGCAGUGCAGUACCAUUUCUACCAGUCAACCCCGAGUACUCCGCCACACGUAACCAGGGCAGACAGAAGCUGGCUCGAUUCAAUGCCCGAGAGUUUGCAACGCUCAUCAUCGACAUCCUGAGUGACGCAAAGAGGAGACAGCAGGGAAAAGGUCUCAGCAGCCCCACCGACCCUCUGGACCUGGGCAUAGACGAUGACCAGCACGACUACGACAGUGUAGCUUCAGACGAAGACUCGGACAGUGAGCUGACCGCACAAAACAACAACAACACGCAACGCAGCAACCGUGCCAAGAGUAUGGACUCCUCAGACCUGUCAGAUGGGCCCAUCACGUUGCAGGAGUAUCUGGAGGUGAAGAAAGCCCUGGCCUCAUCUGAAGCCAAAGUGCAACAGCUCAUGAAGGUCAACAAUAACCUGAGUGAGGAGCUGCGCCGGCUCCAGAAAGAGAUCACGCGGAUGCAGACAGAGAACAGUUCACUGCGGGGGGGCCAGCCGGUCGGGGGGUCGGGCGGGCAGGGUCCUGGUGGUUCUGGAGGAGGAGGGCACUGGGCUGGCAGUGGGGGGCGCUCUGGAGCAGGGGCAGCUCUCAGUGUGUUUGGCUCCAGCACAGAACCUCAGGGGCUGCCUUCCUCUGGGGCCCCUCACUCCCACCACAGACGAGACAGACAGGCUGUGUCUAUGUAUGAGCCUGGGGCCGCUCCAGGACCCACCGCCCACGGCCCCCCAGCCCUGGACCCCCUGUCAGCGCGCCUGCAGCCCCUGCACUCGCCCAGUAUGAGGAAGGGCAGCACAGGUGGACCAGUGUCUUAUGGAAGCCAGCAUGUGUCCAGCACCACAGAGAUGGGCCGAUACAUGGUGCCUAAAUCGGAGAAGCACGGCAGUGGCACAGAUAGUGACUAUGACAAUACGCAAACCUACGACGUCUCGCUAAGUAUGGGCCGCAGCAGUGAGGAGGAGGGCCGAGGGGAGUCAGAGGAGGGAGGGGGCGAGCUGGGAGAGCCAGAUCCCACACUGCCCUGUACAGAAGAUGUCAUUCUGAAAACUGAACAGGUGACCAAAAACAUCCAGGAGCUGCUGAGGGCUGCACAGGAGUUCAAACACGACAGUUUUGUUCCAUGUUCAGAAAAGAUCCACUCAGCAGUCACAGAGAUGGCCUCCCUCUUUCCCAAACGUCCGGCUCUGGAUGCGGUGCACUGCUCUCUGCGUCUGUUGGCCUCGAGUGCAUCGCGGUUACAGGUGGAAUGUCGUAAAGCAGCGCCCUCGGACCCCGGGGCCCCCGCCGUGGACUACCAGCUCCUCACACAGCAGGUCAUACAGUGCGCUUAUGACAUCGCCAAGGCAGCCAAACAGCUAGUCACCAUCACCACGCGAGAGAAGAAACAAUAAAAUACGUCCAGAUAGAAGAACGUAACUAAAAAGGAUCGAAGGGCUUGAAUGUGGAUGGAAAGAGGGAUUUUUGCGACAGUGUGGUGCGAGGGAGAGGAGGAGUCAAGAUGCGCUGAAGAAGAGGAUGCAUGGAAGUUGAAAAAGCAAAACCACUACAGAGCUAUUUUACAAAAGAGGAGGAGAAUGUUGAAAGAAAGGAUGCAAUUUUUUUGGAUGACCAUUUUGACAACUGGAAAAACCGUGAAACUGUGACGCACCAAAGUGAAAUACAACAACGAUGCACAGAGAACUGGAAACACUAUUUAUUAUUUUGUCUUCCCGGAUUUUGGAAGACAUUUUCUACAAUAAAAUGGUUGUCACUGGGAUGUUAAGAGACCAAUCUUGACUCACUCCCCUCUCACUGCUCCUUUUCCACCAGGCCACCCUCUUUCAUACCACAAAACCGUCCCCAAAAAGUCCGGAAAACCCUAGUAGCUUAACACUACAACUACCACUCUCCAAUACGCCCUCUACUGGUGGAACAUAGCAUGAUCCGGCAUGUUUUAAUUUCUUUAUUAUUAUUGUUUUUUGUUACUUUUUUAUACAACGCAGAUUUGGUGACGUCUGCACUUCUAAGGACGAGCAUUACUGACUUACAAAACACUUACACUGGAAUAAUUAAUGUUAUUGUUUAUCCUAUGUUUUUGUAUUGAUAUUUUAUUGUCUAUUUGAUUUAACUGUUUAUCCGUGUUUAUUUCAUUGUCUCGUUUAGUGGAAGGAGGAGACGCAUACUAGGAUAUCUCAUUUACGGACAUCACCUGUGAAAUGGUCCUGUUUGUUAUGGCUGAAUUACAAUGAAGAGUUAAAGUUGCCAAAUAUGAAAGAGGCAAGUUUCAGGUCACACUAAAAAGCCCUGUUUACCUGACCAUAUUACAAUCUUUUUAUAUUAUUUAGCGAAAAAUCAAGUGUAAUCAUCUCAAAUACUUUUACUGUGCCAAGUAGUUGCAAAGAGCAUUAUGGUGAGAUCUUGAUUAAUGUUGUACCCAAAAUUACUCAGCUAUAUUGAGAAAUUGGUCGUUUACAGUGGCUGGCUACUACUACUAGUACUACUACUACUACUACUGCUACUGCUACUAUUACUAAGGGUUCCUAUGUUGCCACUUAUUCCCACAAAAAAGUGUAAAUACUUUCAGAAUUGUUGAAUUUAAUUGCCUUAAAUUUCUGAAUGAGAAUGUAUCCUGUAUAAGACCCUUGUAACACUGGGCAAUAUAACUGGAAACUCUGCUCAUGGUUCCUUUUCAUGUCAAUAAAAUGGACUACGGUGACCUCCUGUGGUCUAAAAUCUCACUUAAUAUAAAAAGAACAUAAAAGGUAACCACACUGAAUAUGAAGGAAAUUACUAAUAUUGCCCCCUAGUGGCAAUAAAGUGUACAACAACUGUGAUAAACAUUACAUUAGGUUCUUGGCUCUGUAAACUUCUCACACCAAGUGCCAUGUCAGAUAAAAUUUGGGUCUCCCAGUACAACCAAGUCUAAACAAGAUCUAAAGGUCUUUAGAUCUUGACUAUAGCAUGACUUGAAUAGCAGGGAUGUAAACAAUAACCAAAAUACUGUGAUAUCGUAUCGUCAAAGUUCUCACAAUAAUAUCGUGGACCAUCACAAUAUAUCAGAUUACAAGUGUCUUUGCUUAAAUUAAGAGUUAUGGUGCAGCAAUAGCAAAAAAAAGACAGAGGGAACUACAUAGACCAUGAUCCUUUGCUCCAUUUCAGUGUAGACUACAAGAAGAAAUAACAGUUCUAAGCACUUUUAAGUCUUAGUUCUUUGGAUUAAGUCUUGUCGAGGCAUUUAAAGAGGAAAAAGUAGCGUAUUCACAGUUUUGUUAGCCUCCACAAAAUAUCGCAAUAAAUAUCAUACCGUGAGAUGUAUAUCAUGAAAAUAUCGUACCAUGAGAUUUGGAUAUUGUUACAUCCCUCAUCGUGAGCCUUCCCACCAUAUCGUGAGCUUUCCCACGAUAACGCAAUAAAUAUUGUACCGUGAGGUUCGUACCAUGACGAUAUCGUAUCGUAAGACUUGGAUAUCCUUUUGAACAACCCAAAGGAGGACUCUAAAUGAAUCAAACACGAGCUACAAAGAGCCUAUAAAAAGUGUUUUUGCCAUAUUAUUUACUUCUAGAUAGACUGAUAUAUCGGUUGGUCGAUAUAUCAGACAGAUUUUUGGACUUUUUUAGUGUAUCGGCUAUCAGUCUUACAUUUCAAGCGUAGGCCGAUAUUUUGUUUGGUUCAAUCUGCUGCCUAAAAAAUACACACAAAGUUUUAUAUUAACACUUUAAAUGGACAAAACGGGACUGCACAGUUCUCUUAAAGGUUUUUGUUUAAAAAAUAAAAGGGCCAUGGGUGAGUUUACAGUAAAUUUACAUUGCAUUAUUUGGGGAAAAUAAUUUAAAUCGGCCCAAAAAUAUCGGCAGAGCUUAGUGGCCAUCGGUUGCUCUGUAUUUUAAACAGACAGAAUCGGCAUUGACCAUGAAAAAAAAAAAAAAAAAAGUAUCUCCAUUAUUUAAUCAGUCAGCCACAAUCACUUAACUAUUGGUGAAUAAUUUUGGGUGCAACAGCAGAAUCAUAAAACAGGACAGGCAAUGUGUGCGAUGUAUUCAAGUUGAUAGAAACAGACACUAAGACACCAAGUUGUUUACAUACUUGUAUCUAAGAUUAUUAUUUCAGCCUUCGUCUAAUCGAGGUUUAUCAUGCCAUAACCUGCUUGUGUGGCCUCUGUGUGUGAGAGCAUUGGGAACAAAUCUUUAUUUUCAAAUUCAACUGUUUUUUGUUUUGUGCUGAGAUAACUUGAUAAAUACAGAUCGUACUGUUUAUUGUAAAUCAAAAACCUGUUAUUAUAUUUUCAUUUUUUUAUUUUAAUGUGUCUUUUGGUUCAAAUUCAGUCAUCUUUGUUAGAGAAAUCUGCUUUUUUUUUCAAAUUACUUUCCUUCCAAGCAGCACAUUUUAGUUUUCAUUUUCAUUGCUUGUAUUUUUGGCUGUAAUUGCUUUAUAAUUUAAAUAACAACACUUGAAAAUUAGCUUAAACUUUUACCCAAUGGGAUCUCUCUUCAAAUGCUUUACUGUCCAGCGAUUUUUGCUCAUGUGCCACUGUAUGGGAGACUGAUGGUCAGAUUGUAUUGAAUGAAUUUGAAUGUCUUGCACACUAUAAUUAUGAUUUUUUUUAAACUAAAUUUGACCACUUAAAAUAUAAAGAAAACACUACAAAUGAAUGCGUGUGGGCCAAGUUAGAGAAACCACCUUUUUGACUGGCCAUGUGUAUAGUAAAUGCAUAUAUUUUCAUGUUGUCAUUAAGCUAUAAGGAUUAUACUUGGGAGAUAUUUAUUUCUUUAUUUAGUUGAGCCAAACAGACUUCAGGUUUAAAUUGUGACACCCAAUGUACUUAAAACAUUUACUUUUAUGCAUAUAAUUCUAUAAAGAAAAUAUUUUAAAAUUACUAUAACCAGUAAUGUGCAGAUGUGGAUCAGAUUGCAAUAUUUUGGGCCAACACUUACAUUUUCCUGGAUAUUUUUUUUUUAGUUUAGGUGCUCUGCGUAAUAUUUCUAGUGGAGGGUCCACCACCUGUUUGUUUCCAUGGAAGUGUUAGUUCUUUGUUUAAAAUGACUAAACCUAAAUCCAUCACGAGGGAGACAGCACUACGCUACUAUUAUUGUAUUUUUGAGCAAACACCCGUAAUGAACAAAAAGCAGAUCAAUAUGUUUAAAGGUCCUAUACUACGCAAAAUUGUUUAUUUGUGAGUUAGAAUGUUGUACCACAUGACAUCACCAAAUGGAACAGAGGCUAAAUAUGCAGGAUUUGUGUGUGAAUGAAACAAAACACAAUUCUGGAUAUGUUUUUGAUGAAGAGACAACAUAACAUAGAUCUAAAAAUAGCAUAAUAUAGGCCCUUUUAAAUAUGACAAGUUAAUUUAUUUUGAUUGCAAUUCAUUAUGUUAAAAGGAAUUUUUAUUAUAUUGUAUUUUCAAACUGCAGAUUUUGUUGUCCUUCAUAUUGUCUUGAUUUUAAGUGCAUUGGUUGUCUAUAUAAGAAAUCAUGAAGAUCUUUGGCGCUAUGGUCAUCUCAAAUGGUCUCAAAACGCACAUCCUGGAAAUUCAUGGACACUUAAUGGUGCCUCAAGUGUGAAUGUUCAAAAUAUUUUAUCACAAUUUCAGCACAUACUUUCCAGAGUUUAACAGUUUUUGGGACAUUCAAUAAACAACAAAUGGACCAACCUUUCCACAAAUAAGACAUUUAGAGCCAGUCGAAGCUGAGCCACUGGCAGUGCAUUGUGGCCUGUUUUACUGGUAUGUUUCAAACACUUUGGGAGAGAUCUUUUAACAGAAGAUAAUGUAUAAAGUAGAGAAAACAAUGACUUACAAGGUCAAAUCGUAAUGUAAACUCAUAAGCUGUACAUUUGUAAUAAAAUAAUAAAACAAUUAA